UGUUCCAACACACUUGUCUUGACGUACUUUCAUUCCAGUUUUUGACAGUUUCUUGACUCUUAAACUUGUUUUUUUUUGCGCGCGCGCCUUUUCGCGGCGAAGGUCUCUGCAAUUUUUGGUCCAACUGUGGAGUUUUAGCUUAACUGAGUGAGGAACAUGGAGGCAAACGGCUCAGCCGGUAGACACGGUUUGGAGGGAGAUGCUGACUUGCAGUUUCUGCUGUCGGGAGGGGAACUGACGAAGGUGAAGUCGAACUCGUGGAAGAAAGCCCGUUUCUACAAACUACAGGAGGACUGCAAAACUAUGUGGCACGAGUCAAAGAAGACCUUCAAAAGCACCCAGACAUUCUCCAUCGACGACAUCGACUCGGUGCGUCAGGGCCGGCAGUCGGAGGGUUUGCGGAAGUACACGGACGCUGCCGUGGAGGACCGCUGCUUCUCCAUCAUCUUCAAGGGCCGCAAGAAGAACCUGGACCUGAUGGCAAGCAACGUGGAGGAGGCCAAGCGCUGGGUCACCGGCCUGGAGAAAAUCAUCCACAACCUGCGUAGCCUCAACCAUCAGCAGAAGAGCGAACACUGGAUCUUCAACUGCAUGCGGAAAGCCGACAAAAAUGCAGACAACAAGAUGACCAUUAAGGAACUGAAACACUUCCUGAGACAGAUUAACAUCGAGGUGGACGACACGUAUGCAGCCAUGCUGUUCAAGAAAUGUGACAAGUCCAACUCGGGCACCCUGGAGGGCACGGAGAUCAAAGAGUUCUAUGACCUGCUGACCUGUCGAGAAGAAAUCGAGGUGAUUUACGGGAAAUACGCCCAGACGGAUAGUCAGAUGAGCGACCGGGAUUUGCUGAACUUCCUGCUGAAUGAGCAGAGGGAGUCCGUGUCUCUGGAGCAGGCCCAGAAACUCAUCAGCAAAUACGAGCUGGAUGAGACAGCCAAACAGAAGAAGCGCAUGACCAAGGACGGUUUCCUGAUGUACCUUCACCACGAGGACGGUGCUAUCUUUAACCCCGCCCACAAGGGCGUGUACCAGGACAUGACCCAGCCCCUCAGCCAUUACUUCAUCUCCUCCUCCCAUAACACCUACCUGCUGGAGGAUCAACUCAAAGGACCCAGCAGCACCGAGGCCUACAUCAAGGCGUUGAUGAAGGGCUGUCGCUGCGUUGAGCUGGACUGCUGGGAUGGGCCCAACGGCGAACCGGUCAUCUACCACGGCUACACACUCACAUCCAAAGUGCUCUUCAAAGACGUUAUCAAAGCCAUCAAGGAGUACGCCUUCAAAACGUCAGAGUACCCAGUGAUCCUGUCUCUGGAGAACCACUGCACCCUGGAGCAGCAGAAACUCAUGGCCCAGCACAUGACCACCAUCCUGGGCAGCGCCCUGCUCACACACCCCCUCGGAGACCAGAUGCCAACAAACUUCCCUGGUCCUGAGGAGCUGAAGGGGCGUUUCCUGGUGAAGGGAAAGCGUCUGAAUAAGCUGGACGCUGCCUUUAACAAUAACAGCAUGGUGGAGGUGGACAGUGUUUCAGAGGAGGAUGAGGCUGCUGACUCGAAAGAGAACGGGCAGAAGGCCAAAGCCAAGAAGUCAAAGAUCAAGCUGGCUAAGGAGCUGUCUGAUCUGGUCAUUUACUGCAAGAGUGUGCAUUUCAGUGGCUUUGAACACGCCAGAGACAACCAGGCCUUCUACGAGAUGUCCUCUUUCAAAGAGAGCAAAGCCAUGAACCUGGCAGAAACCUCAGCCACAGCCUAUAUCCACCAUAACAUGGACAAGCUCAGCAGAACCUACCCGGCUGGGUCCAGGACCGACUCGUCCAACUACAACCCGGUACCGCUGUGGAACGCCGGCUGUCAAAUCGUGGCUCUGAACUUCCAGACACCCGGUAAAGAGAUGGAUCUGUACCAGGGUCGAUUCUUGCCCAACGCCCAGUCGGGUUACAUCCUGAAGCCCGAGUUCCAGAGGGACCCUGCCUCUCAGUUUGACCCUGUUAAUCUCAGCAAGGGCUCCUGGCUCCAGAAGAAAACCAUGCAUCUUAUGGUGAUCUCUGCGCAGCAGCUGCCGAAGAUCAACAAGGAGAAGGCCAAGUCUAUCGUGGACCCGCUGGUGAGAGUGGAGAUCUACGGAGUUCCCGCUGACAACUCCAGCAAGGAGACGGGCUACAUCGAGAAUAACGGAUUUAACCCCAUGUGGAACGAGACCUUCCAGUUCACGGUGCAUGUCCCACAGUUAGCCAUGGUGCGUUUUGUGGUUGAGGACUAUGACACCGCCUCACAGAAUGACCUGGUGGGACACUACACUCUCCCCUUCACCAGCAUUCAGAACGGAUACCGUCACAUCCCCUUGCUCACAAAGAACGGCGAUGUCAUCCCCUCUGCUGGACUGUUUGUGCAUAUCAUGAUACUGGACGCCCAGUAGACUUCAGCGACCAUCCCCCCCCCCCCACCAUCUCAGUGCCAAAGAGUCCACAGGACAUCUUAACUCAGCCGAGACAAUCGUAAAAUGCCGCGGUAUUACAGCCUACUUUUAACCCAUGGACUGUCUAAAGAAGGCAGUGACGUCACAAUGAAAGCAAUGGAAUGUUGACGGGAGCCAAUAGAAUGUUUGGGUCAAAUAGAUUCUAUUCCCAGUGCAGUGGGUCCUUCGUUGAGAACAUUAGAAUGUCUUAUUCUAUAGCUAUAUCCUCCUUUCUCUCACUGUCAUAUCAACCCAAGUCAAAACUUGCACUGAGAUUUUUCACCGAUCUUUUAGCUUUUAUCUGUAAUCCCCAGAACAGUGUGCUUUGUGCCAAGAUGUAUUUUCCAUGGUGAAUGGUUUCCCCUGCAGUGUGUUUUUUCCAUGACCUUUUUCUGGUCUUUGAGUGAGGCAACGAUAACAAACUGACACAGGGCACAGAUGGGAUAGUUGGAUCUACUUUACACUGAGUCUUCAGUUCCUGUGUUUUAAUAGAUCAAAAAUAAUUGCACAUCGUGCAGUAAAGACUGUAGGUUAAUAGUGGUAUUUUGCACCAUAGUGUAUCAAUGAGCGAUGGCAUACAAUAUGACAGGGCAGUGAGAUAAUGAGAGACCUACAGAGGAGUCACUCUGUAGUAACAUAUGCAGUUAUUAAUGACACCAAAUUAAUGUAAUCAGUCUACCAGCGAAAUGUAACUCCACCCAAUGUCUACCAGCCCAUCACAGCAAAUGGAGGAGUGGUCAAAGAAAGAUAGACGAGUUCGAGAGGAACGCGACGAGGCUUCAAAAGCACCUUGUCUUCAGCCUCUUUAAUCUGAGCAGUGCACAUCUGAAAGCGAUUAAGUGUUUCCGUGGAAACCAUUCAAUUGUUCUAAAUGUUUGUUUUUGUGACU